UCAUGAAAUUUUUAGUGGUUCUUUUAGCAUUAGCUGUAGCAUUUGAAUAUGAUGAAAGUUUGGCACGUUAAUUGACAGCAUUCUCUUUUGGUGCUUAUUGUGAAAUCAAUGACAUCAAUAAUUGGAAUACAGGAACUAUAAGUGAACAAUAUCCACAUUUAACAAAAGUCUAAGUUUUUGAAAACGUUGAUAUGGUAUUUUUUAGAUAUUAUUUUAGAAAACAAGAGGAUAUAUAGCAUAUAAUACUUAAACUUAAGCCAUUACUGUAGUAUUUAGAGGAUCAGAUAAUAUUAAGAAUUUUAUUGCAGAUAUAGAUACAAAAAAAACAAAUUUCAACACAGCUUGUAAAUGUCAAGUGCAUGAAGGCUUUUUGGCAGCAUAUUCAUCACUCAAAAUACAUUUGAAUAGUUUAAUUGGUGAAUAUAGAGUCAAAUAUCCAUAUGCUAAAUAUCAUGUUACAGGUCAUUCAUUAGGAGGUGCUAUGGCUACUUUAUUUGCUAGUGAAUUGUCUAUGACUGGAAUUAAAGUAACUUUGGUUACUGUUGGAGCUCCAAGAGUAGGUGAUUCUGAUUUUUAUGAUUGGUUUUCUAAGUUGUAAAUUACUCAUACAAGAUUAACAAAUAAAAAGGAUAUUGCUCCUCAUCUACCUCCUUUUAGAUUUGGUUUUGAACAUGUUAAUACAGAAGUUUGGUAUUAUGAUGGAGUAGAUUAUAUUAUUUGUAAAGAAGUAAAAGGAGAAGAUCAAACUUGUUCAGCUUCAGCCACACGUACAAAUUUGAAUGAUCAUCAUUCAUAUUUGGGUUGGUCAGCAAGUUCUUGUAAUUCUGAGCCUGUGAUGCAAAUUUCCAAUUGAU